AUGCCCGUGACCUUUGCCCUCUUGUUCCUCCUGAGCCAGGCCACCGCAGACCCAUGCUACGAUCCAGGGGGCCACCCCCGCUUCUGCCUCCCGCCAGUGACCCAGCUGGCUGGUGUGACGGCCUCCUGCCCUCAGGCCUGUGCCCUCUCCCCGGGGAUGGACCUUGGCCUCCAGGCCUCCUGCAAUGGCAGCCUGGCCCUGGCCCUGGGCGCUCCCUUCCUGCUGACGUCCAUCAGCCUGCGCUUCUGCACCCCAGGAUCCCCGGCCCUGGUCCUAUCUGCUGCUUGGGCCGCAGGGGGUCCCUGGAGGCUACUGUGGCGCAGACCUGCCUGGCCCGGGGCCUUGGGAGGCCCUGAGCGGGUGACCUUCCGUGCCCCGCCAGGCCCUAAGGCCAGCGUGGUGGCCAGCCACCUCCUCGUCGAGCUUGGAAGCCGAGCAGGACUCGCUGCGGCUGGCGUGAGAGGCCGCUGCCAGUGCCAUGGUCAUGCUGCCCGCUGCGCGGCCCGCUUGCGGCCCCCCCGCUGCCGCUGCCGCCACCACACCACCGGCCCUGGGUGCGAGAGCUGCCGCCCAUCCCACCGCGACUGGCCCUGGCGGCCUGCCACGCCCCGGCACCCCCACCCCUGUCUGCCCUGCUCCUGCAACCAGCACGCCCGACGCUGCCGCUUCAACGCUGAGCUGUUCAGGCUGUCCGGUGGCCUGAGCGGGGGUGUCUGUGAGCGGUGCCGCCACCACACAGCCGGGCGGCACUGCCACUACUGCCAGCCGGGGUUCUGGAGGGACCCCAGCCGACCCAUCACCAGCCGAAAGGCUUGCCGGGCCUGCCAGUGCCACCCCAUUGGGGCAACAGGUGGUGUCUGCAACCAGACCAGUGGGCAGUGCUCCUGCAAGCUGGGGGUCACGGGCCUCAGGUGCAACCGCUGUGGCCCUGGCUACCAGCAGAGCCGAUCCCCCAGGAUGCCCUGCCAGCGAAUUCCAGAGGCAACAACCACUCUUGCCACCACUCCUGGUGCAUACAGCUCCGACCCUCAGUGUCAAAACUACUGCAAUAUCUCGGACACCAGGGUGCACAUGAGCCUUUGGAGGUACUGCCAGCAGGACUAUGUUCUCCACGCGCAAGUACUGGCGAUCGAGGUGGCUGGUCCCGCGUGGUGGCGGCUAGCCGUGCGCGUCCUGGCUGUGUACAGGCAACGGGCGCGGCCAGUGCCUCGGGGCGGCCAGGACGCCUGGGUGCCUCUCGCCGACCUGGCCUGCGGCUGCCUGCGCCUGCGGCCCGGCGCCAACUACCUGCUGCUGGGCAGCGCAGCCGGCGGACCGGACCCCGCGCGCCUCGUCCUCGAUCGCCACGGCCUCGCACUGCCCUGGAGGCCGCGCUGGGCCCGGCCGCUGCGGAGGCUGCAGCAGGAGGAGCUCGCCGGGGGCUGCCGCAGCCUGCAGCCUCCGACACUGGGCCCCGGGCCCGAGCAGUGGAGCCAGGGCUGA